AUGUCUCAGAAAAUUGGCGGUCGCCACGUCCACCAACAACAUCUCGUCCACUUCACUCCUGCUGAUGCCGGCAGCAGCGUCGACACUACUGUGGAGGGGGAUAGAGAAGGGAGAGAGGGGAGGAGAAAGAUUUCACUCCUCUCAUCUGUCCGCCUCUCCGCGAUUCCGCCCGGGGAUUCAGCUCUCAGUCUCGUCUCUCGCCGCCUUCCACCAACGGUGCCUCUUACUCUCGCAUCCGAGGACCCAAAUCAAAAUAUUUCUGUUUUAACUCAGAGAAGAGACAUGCAAUCAUUAUUUGGGAAAAUUCGUUUCGCCACGAGACAAACAUUCAACCCUCGUUUUGGUUCUAGCCCGGCAUUCUUUCUGAACAAAUGUUUUGUCACCAAAUUUGAAAGCAAUGGAAAAGCUUGUAAGGCUCCAUCUUACAGAAGUCUAAGCUUAGGUUUGUCUUCAGCUGCUAAGGUGUUGACUUUACCCACUAGAUGUAUGACAACAAUGGCACCUGCUUCUCAAGAUGCUUCCGCUUCUAAUGAUGUGCCACAACGCAUCAAAUUCAAGAGGCUAGAUAAAACGGCCAGACACAUAAUGCAGAUACUUGAUAAGGAAGCAGUCGAGGAAGUGAAAGAAAAACGAGAGAUACCUGACAUAAGGCCUGGUUACAUUGUCCAACUCAAAUUAGAAGUACCAGAGAACAAAAGACGUGUUCAAGUUAUAAAAGGCAUUGUUAUAGCAAAACGAAAUGCUGGUUUGAGUACCACAUUUAGAAUAAGAAGACUAGUAGCUGGAGUUGGUGUUGAGUCUCUUUUCCCUUUGUAUUCGCCAAAUUUAAAGGAGAUAAAGAUAGUUGAGAUCGGAAAAGGUGACUUUCAAAGAGCGCAGCUAUAUGGUGACGCGAAGAAUGGUUGA